AUGGAACAUCUUCUAUCGUGGCAUAGACCACAAGUACAAGCUUUCAUUGGAUACACAAGCAAUGGAAACUUCAUGACCAAGACUGUUGAUGAAGCUAAGGUUCUUAUUGAGAAUCUUGCAGCUAGUGAUUGUAACAACUGUCCUGAUUAUGACCGCUCAAGCCGCACCACUACUAGCUCCCCUGAUUCUUUUCAAAUGACUGAACUCAAGAACAUGAUGGCUCAAGUUCUUAAGGGACAGCUCAAGCAUAUCAAUGCAAUAGAAGGGAUGAGUGAUGCUAAUGAAGACCCAUCAAGAGAAUGCAUGGGAGAUUUCUCUAAUGAAGCCAAUGAAGAAGAUGUGAACUACAUUGGAAACUAUGGGAACAAGGGAUACAAUCCAAGCUAUCGCCCAAACCCCAACAUGUCUUAUAGAAACCCCAAUGUGGAGAAUCCUCAAGACCAAGUGUAUCCUCCAAGGUAUCCACAACAACAAAGACCUCCUUACCAAUCUCAAGGAAGUCAAUUUCAGCCAAGGCAAGGAUAUGAGCAGAGAUCAUCAUAUCCACCCAAGGAGCCAUAUGCUUCUUCACCAAAUCAAGCUCCUCCAAACCAACAAGGUGGGAGAUUUGAAGGAAUCCUCCAACAGAUCAUGGAUGGCCAGAAGAGAAACACUAAAGAGAUGUAUGAGAAGAUGGACACUUUGUUCAGCAAUCUCAACACCAAGUAUGAUGCUGUUGCCACUCAUGUGAAGAAACUAGAGACUCAAGUCACUCAAACUAUGGAAGCUGUUAAGAGACAGGAAGCUGAAUCCAAGAAGUCCUUUUGCAACUCAGCCGCCAUAGAAGAAAGAUUUGAAGACCAAGUUCCAGAAUGGAUGCUUUCAAAACCUACUGUUGAUUGCAUGAUUUGGCCUGAAGAGAAUUACCCAGAGAGAGAGUCCAAUCGAGCUAGAAAGAGAAGACUCUUCCCAAAGAUUAUCCCCAAGACAGAUAACUCAGGAAAGUUUGUUGUGCCUUGUAUCAUUGAUGAUAAGGAUUUUGUGUGUGGAUGUGAAAAGAUAUGA